AAAACAUGGCGGCGGCCGCCGCGUUACCUCAGCGCCGCCCAGGGGCGGAGCUCGCCUCUUUGCGCGCCAAGUUGGGGCAGCGGCUCCCGCCCGGCUGCUCCGCUCCCGUCAGCUCCGCGCCGCCCGGCCAUGGCAGCCCACACGGUGCCCGGCUACUCGCCCGGCUUCAAGAAGCCGCCGGCCGUGCUGCGGCUGAAGCGCAAACGGCUGCGGAGGAGCGAGCCCCCGGCCGCCGCCGCCCCCACCCCGCCUUGCGGCGCGGCCCCGCGGGGCUCUUCCGCGCCCAUCCGCCGCAACCCCUUCUCCAGCCUGGACAACGCGCCCCGGUGGGCCGGCACCCCGCAGCCGCUGGAGCGGGCCCGGCGGCCACCGGCAGACGGGUCCCCCUCGGCAGCGCCCUUCUGGCAGCUUUUAGAGCCUGUUUGUGAAGAUAAGCCCACCAGGAGAGCGGAGCCCUCUGAAAGAACUGACAUCCUCUCCCUAACCGAUGACCUUCAUUCACCUGCUGCUGUACCCGAAGUCCCCUCCUCACCAAAACAUGAAUUUCCUGCAGACUGGAGUAUUAAAACACGACUUCUAUUUAUGUCUUCCCAACCUUUUACCUGGGCAGAACAUUUAAAAGCACAAGAGGAAGCUCAAGGAUUUGCACAGCAUUGUAGAGCUAUAGAAACAAACUUGCCACAGAGCUUACAGGAGCCAAAGCUGUCGACAGAACUGCGUUGUGCCUUUCAGCAAAGCCUCGUUUACUGGCUUCACCCUUCGCUGCCGUGGCUGCAGCUGUUCCCUCGCAUUGGAGCAGAUAGGAAGAUAGUUGGAAAGGCCAGUCCUUGGUCGCAGGAUGAAGACUUGCAACAAGUGCUAAUGAGUGACUGGUCUGUCAGCUUUACCUCUCUGUACAAUCUGCUCAAAGCCAAACUGUGUCCCUACUUCUACGUAUGUACCUACCAGUUUACUGUCCUGUUCCGUGCAGCUGGGCUGGCAGGAAGCGAUGUCAUCACAGCUGUAAUUUCUCCCACAACUAGAGGUUUGAGGGAGGCCAUGAGGAAUGAAGGCAUAGAGUUUUCUUUACCUUUGGUAGAAGAAAGUAAAAUGAGGAAACUGAAAAACUCUGAAGUGAAUUUGGAAACAGAAGGUGCCAACAGCCUCGAAGCGAGCAACAGCAUGGAAGAUGGAGAAGAACCAGCUCCAAGCGAUGAUGAUGAUGAAAGUUUCUCUUGGCUUGAAGAGAUGGGAGUCCAAGACAAGGUUAAGAAACCAGAUGCUAUUUCUAUUAAACUUCGUAAGGAGAAUCAUGAGGUGCAGAUGGAUCACAAACCCGAAUCCCUCGCAUUAGUGAAAGGAACAAACACAUUCACCUUGCUGAACUUCCUGAUAAACUGUAAGAGCCUGGUGGCUGUGGCAGGCCCACAGGCAGGGCUUCCACCGACUUUGCUGUCCCCUGUUGCUUUCCGAGGUGGAACGAUGCAAACACUCAAAGCUCGAAGUAUAAAUGCCAAAGCCAGGGUUCACUUGGCGUAUGAGGACAUAUUCAGCCUGGAGAUCGUGGGCCCCGUCAUGCCUCAUUCUCUGCAUGCACUGACCAUGCUGCUCAAGGCUGCCCAGAGGGGAGCAUUCUCUGGUGUAUUUUAUACACAUGAGCCAACUGCUGUGUUUAACACUGAUCUUGACAACGCAGCCCCUGCCUUGAAUGAGAAAACAGUACACAAAGAUCUUCCUAUGUGUGGACUGCAUCCCAAGACUUUGGAUCAACUGAGUCAGCGUCCAACAUUGAGAAAAUCUUCCAUCCGAUUUCUGGAAAUGAAGGAUUAUGCUUAUACCUGGAAGUCCUAGAUGGGCUGCAACUGCUCUGUGUAACCAUUUUGGACAUGUGGAAUUCUUGGCACAAUUUUUCCCCGCCCUCUCCUUCCAGGACUGCUCACAGCACCUUGCCAGGAGCUCAACAGCUACACCUUGGCAUGUUUUACCUCUUGCUUUAGAGUCUGGUCUCAACUCCACAAAGACAGAUGAAAGCCACAUGGACACAGCAGAGUGUUCUGGCUGCAGAAGGAUCAGAAUAAAAGGUUUCGAUUCCUCAGAACUGCUGAGCAUAGCUAGCUGGUAUUCCCAUACCCACACUCACAUGAAAGCAAACCAGGCUUUUAAAGAGCCACUUGUACAAACAAGUUAGAGGAGUAAAUAGUUGUGCCACGUGUGAGAGAGACAAGGGGCUGCUGAUCUAUGUUCGUAGCAAUAGUAGCGUAUGAGCAGGUUGAACGCAGCCUGCUUCACUUCAAGUGAGAGCGGUUAUUUCUGAGGCGUGUAUGUCACUUUCUACACAGCUAUUAGGUGAUCACAUUUCAGCAGCAGAAAACACUCGAUCUGAAGAGCAGUAUGUAUAACACCAUCAUACUUGUGCACUCCAAGAUUUCUAAUUCAACCAGUACCUUGCACAGAAAACAAAGCGGUGCUCAGGCCGUGUGGUCAGCUACCCUUAUCUAUCUUCACUAUGGUGCUGUUGUGCUCACCACCUCAGGAUCGACUGGGGAUUCUAGAACAGUAACAGGAGGCUUCAGCCAGGUCUUACUUGAGGAAACAAC